CUCACUCCCCUCACUCACCGCCACCUCACUCAAGUCACGCGUGUGAUGUUUGGGGGAAUAUUUUUGUACAGGUUAAAUGUAUCCUUAAUAGUUUAAAGUGAUUUAAGUAUAUUCGGGAGAAAUGUAACAAUGUUGGCGGGAGUAGAAUGGGAUUAUGAUAGACUGGAAGACGGAACACACAAAAUUGCUGGUGAGGUCCAGUUACGGUCAUAUGGGCGGUUUCUUGAGGAAUAUGGUGCUCAACUUAAAGGAAUUGAGGAAGCACUUGAAGACAGUGUUUGUGAUUCCUGGGAUGUGAGUUUAGGCCCUAUCUAUCUGCAGUUUGUACCGUAUGAACAUACAACACUGUUGCAACUCAUAGACACUGAUAACAAGGUCUUAAACAAAAUUUUAGUUGUAUUUGCAACUCUGUGUGCUGAAGUAAGAUACUUGAAAUCUGAAGCCAAAAACAAAUAUUAUGAUACCAUUCUCUUCUAUGGUGAAGGAGGGGAAGGAAAUUUGCAAGAUGGUGCUGCACAGUUACUUUUGAGCCGAAUGCUGCCACACCUACAGGAGUUGUCUUGUUUUGUUAAACGUUGUGAACAGGUAGUUGUACAGAUAGUAGAGCAGCUGGCAGCACUUUACAGUUCCUCCAGAGAUGCUACAUAUGUUAUCAAUGCCACAGGCAUCCAUUUUCAGGAUGUAUUUGAACACCUUGGAGACAUUCUGGUUGUAUUAUUGACAUUAGACGAAGUGCUUGGUAACCACAGCACACUCCAUGAUCAUUGGAUUAUUUACAAACGAACAGUGAAGUCAGUACAGCAUGAUCCCUCAAAAUUUGGAGUUGAGUGGGAGAAAUUGAAAAACUUUGAAAACCUCUUAUCAAAACUUGAAAAUCAUUUGCUAACUGGGAAGAUUUUCCAGAAAAUGGUAGAACAUUCAUUUGAUGGCGCAAAAGGAUUUAUCAGCAAAAAUGUCACUCUGGCUGAAGAAUUUAAUUCCUACUUGAGGAAUUCAAUCACUGAUUUAGAAAUGAAAACAGCAGAGCAGCUGGACCCAGAACAUUUGAUGCUCUGGGUGAAACUCAGUGCUGUCUAUGUACUUAAUUUCAACUUGUUCGGAACAAUUGACAAAAAAUUGUUCAAACAAUUGUGGGAUCUAAAUAAAAAGAUACCAGCAGUUACCUUGGUGGGAAACAUGCUGUGGUUCCCAGAGCAGUUUCUUUUAGCCCAUUUGACAAAUAUGGCUAAAUUAAUAGACAAGAAAGCACAGCAAACUGUGCAGAGCCGCCGGCAGACAUAUCUUCAACAGAAAUCUCAAAGUCUACCAAAGGAAGCUCGGACAUUUUGCCUUCAGGCUUGUUUGUGGAUGAUUCAGAUGGAAACAACAUUGAAGCAGGACUCUACUGUACUGAAGUUGGAUGAUUUGAACCAGAGGUGUGGCUUAUUUUUACAGGGAGUUCAUAAUGCUUGUGAAAUUAGUUGUUUACUCAAAACCGUCACAAACCUCCAUGUAACUCUUGAGAAACCAAUGACUAAAACUGCUGUGUUGGCUCUGUGCAAAUUAGUUGAACUUCUGAAAGGCAUUCAGCACACGUAUCAUCGCCAUUACAUGACAGUUGCCGAGUCAAUAAACCAUGUGGUUCAGCACUUGGCAUAUCAAGCUCUCAGCAUCAUCGUUUCAGCCAAGAAGGGAGUCAUCCAGGAUAAGAGGUAUAGUGAAAAGCAUCUGGACAUUCUGUCAUCCCUUGUACUAGCUGAAAAAGCGUUGCAUGGGCCAGGAACUAAAGAGAGACGCCUUGUUGCUCGCCUUGCGCUGUCUACUGCUAAUCAGAUGCGAACGUUUCGUGAAGAUGAAUGGGCAAGUUUGAUUGGUCUACUCCACAAACUGGACAUGAUGUGCGAUAUUCAGGAGAAAAUUGCAGCUGCCUGCAAUUGUUCAUUCUUUUACUGGCAUAGAGUUAUACUUCCAACAUAUUUUGCAAAUUUAUAUGAAAAUAAAAUGGACUUGCACCGUUUAAUGUACAUGUUCUGUGCCCUGCAAGACUGUAUUUUGGCAAUGGAGCGGACCAAGCAUAAUUCCUCGCCACAAGUCUUGAAGAAGUCCUUCGAUAAAGAAAUAUGUGGAUAUCUCAAUGAACAGGUACUGCAGCCCUUGUGCCAUGAUAUUGAGACAAACUUAAGGCUCCAUGUCCAUUCACAUCUUCAGUUGGAUGACAGGAAUCCCUUUCGCGUGGGAAUCAUGGACUUUACUUUUUUGCUCAGGUUGAAGCCUUUACUGUUCUUCGAUAGGUACAUUGACAUCAGAGGUUUUGUGGAACAUUACUUAGAACAGACAUUCUAUAACCUGACAACAGUGGCCCUCCAUGACUGGAAGACCUAUGGGGAAAUGCGUAGCCUUGCGCUACAUAAGUAUGGCUUGUCUACUGUCGAGGAUCACUUGCCAAGUCAGACACUGGAACAGGGUUUGGAUGUUCUAGAGAUAAUGCGGAAUAUCCACAUCUUUGUUUCCAAGUACCUUUACAAUCUCAACAACCAGAUAUUUGUGGAGCAGUCAAGCAAUAAUAAACACCUCAAUACCAUCAACAUCCGACACGUAGCCAAUUCCAUCAGGACUCAUGGCACUGGGAUAAUGAACACAACAGUAAAUUUUACAUACCAAUUUCUUAGGAAGAAAUUCUUCAUCUUCUCUCAGUUUAUGUAUGAUGAACACAUCAAGUCACGCCUAAUUAAGGACAUCCGAUAUUUUCGAGAGAAUAAGACACGGCUGGAGCAGAAGUAUUCGUAUGAUCGAGCUGACAAAUUUAAUAAGGGCAUCCGCAAGCUGGGCCUCACCGCAGAUGGACUCAGCUACCUGGACCAGUUCCGAAUGCUGAUCAGCCACAUUGGCAAUGCAAUGGGCUACAUCAGAAUGAUACGUUCUGGAGGUCUUCAUUGCUGUUCGAAUGCCAUUUGCUUUAUACCUGAUUUGGAAGAUAUUGUGAGCUUUGAGGACCUAUGCAAACAGGAGGGUCUGUCUAGUCCCUGCCAGGAAGCGGCUCAUCGCCUCGAUCAGGUCAUAGGAACCUUAGCCCGCAACUUUGCUGAAGGAACAGAGUAUUUCAAGCUUCUGGUUGGUGUGUUUGCAUCUGUAUUUCGAGACCCAAAGAACGUACACCUUCGCAACUUCCACAUCAUUGUUCCACCACUUACCAUCAACUUUGUUGAACACUCAAUCACUUGCAAGGAAAAGAUGAGCAAGAAGAACAAAGUGGGAGCAGCAUUUACUGAUGAUGGAUUUGCAAUGGGUAUAGCUUACAUCUUAAAGCUUCUGGACCAAUAUGAGGAAUUUGAUUCGCUGCAUUGGUUUCAAUCAGUGAGAGAAAAGUACAGUAUGGAUAAAGCUUCUCUCGGCAAACACAAAUCUGUGGUGUCAAAAGAGGAUGAAAAGUUGCAGCAGACUAUGACUCUCACCGCUAGGAGACUGGACAUUUAUCAACAAGAAUUUGAUUUAUUGUACUACAGUCUCAGCAGUGCAAGAAUAUUCUUCCAGAAGGAAACUGCCACUCAAGAAGAUGACACUUUAAAGAGUGAAACUGGCUCAACAAACAAUUUUCAGGCUUAGUGAGAAUGAUCAAUCAACACUUGGAAGAAGAUUUUGUUGUUAGCAUCUGUCUCGUAAGCAUGUUACAUAGGAUAAUAACUGUUACUUGUACCUCUUUUUACAUAUUCAAUUAUUUAUCAUACACAGACAUCAUUUACUGAUAAUAUUUUUAUGAGCAUUCCAUUUUCUCUGGUUUUAUUUCCAAAGAUUUGUCUCUGAAAUUGCACAGAUAAGCAAAGCUGAAAAAUUCCAGUCACUUGAACACUUUAGUACAGUAUUCUCUGCAGGAAAUGGGACCAGAGAUGCUUCUCAGAAAAAAAAAAAAAAAGAGAGUACUUUCCACUUUAUGCCCAGUGUGUUUACAAUUUUCUUAUAUAAUUCUGAACACUGUAAUACUGCAAGUUAUAUAAUUGAGAAUUUACUGUAGACCUCAACAAUUUUGAUAUGAGAAAUAAUUGCAAGUAGAGAAUAUGAAAUUAAAAGUGAAUUGGUAAUUUUUAUUAUGAAGUAUAUUUGUUACAUGUAUGUUGACAGUGUAUUUACUCAUAUUUAGUUCUGAAAAAAAGUUCUUAAAAUAAACAUCUUCACAUGUAACUGUUUUUUAAUUCUACAUUUUACAUGCUUCUCUGGCUCUGUGGACUAAGUUAUUUUUUUCUUUUUAUUUUCUUUUGAUGCUAUUUGUGUAAGUGUUGUAUUAGUGUUUUUUUAGUAUGUGUUAUAUUUUUAGUCAUAUUGAUUGCAUAUCUGUUGAGAAGACUAUUGAACAUCUUUUUCCUUUAUACACUUAUCUAUUGAGUCACUAUUUUUCCUAUAGUUUUUGAGAGUGUAAGAUUUCUCAAAACAUGAACUACAAACAGUGUCACUUGACAAAACUCAUACAUUCAUAGACUCUGGCUUCUUUUGCUACCACUCCAAAACAUGGUGAUAAAGCAUUUCCUUGCAUUAGACAGUUCUGAAUAGGAAAUUUAUCGGACAGAUAUUUACCUAUAUGUACUUCGCUACGGGUUUCAUUGUUUCAUUUAAACACAUUUUAAUAAGCCUAACUAGUUUCAUGUGUACCCCAAAAUGAUUAAGAAUGUUCUACUGCACUUUCCUCUUAGCCGAAUCAUGGGCCUUUUUGAAGUCCAUGAAUAGCUGAUAUACUGUACUCCAAUUCUUUCUCCAGUAUAUGACAAA